AUGCCAUUUUCGAAUGGGUUUGCUGACAAUAGCAUGUGCUCACCCAGGUAUUCCGAGCUCGGUGUGAUAACGUUAAGAAUGCGCUACACUGCGUGGGACACAGAGAACAUAUUCCAAAGAACGGUGAUUUACGUGGAGGCUUCGGAGGCUUCGGUGACUAUCAUGCCAACUUGGAACCAUUUCACAUGGACAGAUUCUUCUUGGUGGGCGUCUCAUCACAUAACAGAUGAUACUGCGAAAGGAGGGUGGAGAGGAAUGGAGAUGGUGCCUGGAUGGGUCAACAUAGCAUCCAUGGCAACUUCAUAUAGUCCAUCCAUAACACCCUCACGACGCGUGCUAGGUGAUCUCACACCAAAGGCUAUAAACACGCCAUCCUCGCAACCAGCAGGCUUGGGCCCGCCUCAAGUCACUCGAGCACAAAGCCCGCUUAAACAAGUUACUCCACAAAGCCCGGCCAAUUCUGCAGACAAAGAGAACCACGGACACUCGCAGGCGUAUACGCAGGGCAAGAAGCGGAGUAUUGACGAGGUCGACAGCGCAGAGACCGUAGAUAACCUCAAAAUGCUUGCGCGUGGUCGCGGAGACAGCCUCGUGGACCCAGUGACGCGGCUGACUACCGACGCGAUGCAUGUCCACACGCAAAACAAUCCAGUUGGGUUUGCGAAUCCAGGAUCACCUACCGAACGCAAUACACCUACCCCAGAGCCAGAAAUCAUGCAAAACUCCCAGAGAAGCAAUCAAUCCUUCUCCGACCUGCUAAACUACGAAAUGUGCGCUAGCCAGAAGAGCGAGCAUGGCAUCCCACUUGAGCCAGCACGACCAUCCAUGGCUGCUCCCUCAGCAUCUCAAUCGCGAAAAUCGCGCGCAGAACACCUACGAACGCGUCUCAAGUUCGGUCUGUAUAAGGUCAAGACGAAUCAAGUCGGCAAGCGCGACGCAGAUAUAAUAUCAACCUACGAAGCCACCGUAUCCUACACAUCCAACGCGUCAGGUAAAAAAACACCCAUCGAAUCGCUUCACUCCCAAAAACACGUCCCAAACAUCACAAUCUCAUCAUCACACCACAACGAAACCCCAAUCUUCAUAAAGGCAAACCUCGACCCCUUCCGCCCCAUUGGCAAACUCGGCGCCGCACCAGUCCUGUUCAUGCCCCCAUCUUCACACAACCUCACCACAAUCUCACGAGAACCUACAUCAUACGACCCUCCAUGUCCCCAUCCAUGCGCCCCCGCCAACCUAACCCAAUCGGUUUCGCCGCAACAGCUCAUGUCGCCCUUGAGGCAGAAACAACAUUCACAUUCACAGUACGCGCAGGCAUCGCGUGUGGGCGAAUACGACGACGGGGACCUUAAUGCGGCGCAGGCGCAUGUGUCCACACAUCGAAGACUACAAGGACCUAGGGAAUGA